AUGGCCAAGACUGCGCGUGAAUACGACGAGGAGAAGGUUCGGGACUGCAAAGAAGACAUCGACAACAACUUAGUAUUCGCUUGUCUGUACUCAGCCGUCCUGUCAGCCUUCGUUGUCGAAUCGUACUCGGACCUCCAGCCAGAACCGAACGCCCAAAUAACCUUUCUGCUCGAACGUAUCGCUGUACAAACGCAAAGCUACACCAUCACGUCUGGAACUCUCAACUCCACCGCCCGGUCGCUCCCCAUCCCUCCUCCCUUCACAGCUCCGCUAUGGGCCGUUCGUGUGAACGGCCUCUGGUUUGCAAGCCUCAUCGUUAGCCUUGCGACUGCGUCGUUCAGCAUACUCGUUAAGCAGUGGUUGCGGGAGUAUCUCGCGGUCGAGUACACCGCGCCGCAAGAGCGUCUUCGCACACGGCAGGACCGGAAGCCGGGGAUCGAGAAGUGGAAGGUGUUUGAAAUUGCGGCUGUACUCCCUAUCCUUCUGCAGCUCUCGCUCGGGCUGUUCUUCAUCGGACUCUCCAUCUUCACUGCGAAUGUUGAUAAGCGGAUGGAACUCACCUACGUGCCGCUCGUCUCUGGCUGGGCGUUCUUGCUCAUUGCGGCUACGCUUGCACCACUCGUCUCACCGCGAUGCCCAUACAAGAUGCCGCUGCUUAAACUUGUGGUGCGGGCCGCGAGGACACAUACGAUGAAGAUACGCCGUUCAUUGACCAGGAACAUGCGCCGCUCACUGAUGAACAUGCGCCGCCUAUUGACCUUGAUCCUUGCGAGGGCGAUCACCAUGAUUCGGCCCUCGCUUCCGUAUCCCGCCACCCACUGGCAGGCUCUAGACGAGGACCAGGAGAAGACCGACAUCACGGAUGACUAG